UGAAGAUCCGAGCAGCAUCAACAAUUAAUUGACUACUGAUCUGGCCAACUGCCAUCUCCUACCAAUUGUGCUCCCACUGACGAGUCUGGGUGUUCAUGACUGCCGUUCCUUCUCCAACUCAGUCAUGAAGGUCUGUUAUUCAAAAUACGCUGCUGCCCUCCGAGCGUCCAGACCUGCGAUUCAGUCCAAAGUCCUGACCAAUUCUUCUCGACCUUCGUUCCUCUAUUCCACUCUCGGUCAACGAGCCAUGUCCUCAUCGACCGUCCGUUACGGCGACUUCCCCAAAGAACUUCCCGGUGACGACCCAGAUGAUGUCCAAUUUAGUUCCCUCUACGGCGUUCGAACCGUCGAACUUAACCGACCCAAGAAGCUCAACUCGCUCAAUGGCUCUAUGGUUAGAAAGAUCCUUCCACGGCUGCGAGAAUGGGAGAAGUCCGACAUGGCCAAUAUCGUCAUGAUCAGUGGCGCAGGCCCAAAAGCAUUCUGCGCCGGUGGUGAUGUUGCCGAGUUGGCGGAACAGAACAAGAAAGGACCAGAGGGACAAAAGGCCUCGGCCGACUACUUUGCCCUCGAAUACAAGCUCGAUCUCCUCAUUGCGACUUUGAGCAAACCUUACAUUGCGGUCAUGGACGGCAUCACCAUGGGAGGUGGUGUUGGUCUGUCCGUCCACGCACCUUUCCGCAUUGCGACGGAGAAGACGGUUUUCGCCAUGCCCGAAACCACCAUUGGCUUCUUCCCAGAUGUGGGAGGGAGUUUCUUCCUUUCUCGCCUUGACGGCGAGAUUGGCACCUACCUUGCCCUCACAUCAGAACGGCUACUGGGAGUUCAAGCGUUUUACGCCGGUAUUGCGACCCAUUAUCUCGACAGCUCGCUGUUGCAACAGCUGACAACACGACUUUCUGAAUUGACAUUUAAGGAUUAUAUGCCAUUGAACGAACGACUGCAAAUCAUCAACUCGACUAUUUCCGAGUUCACCAAUGACCUUCCUACCCCAGACUCAUACGAAAAAGCGCAGUACGGAAACCUAACCGGGACUCUACGAGAGGCAAUCGACCGUGUGUUCAAAUUCGACUCCGUCGAAGAGAUUCUGUCCGCCCUGAGCAAAGAAGUCGAAUCUUCGGAUGCUAAGAUUGCUGAGUGGGCCAAAGCAACUGAGAAAACUAUUGCCCUCCGCUCACCCACCAGUCUCCGUGUCACUCUACGGCAACUCCGAGAAGGCAAAAACUGGAACAUCAGAGAAACUUUUAUCCGGGAACACAAGAUGGCGGCCGAGUUUAUGGCCCACCCUGACUUUACCGAAGGGGUGUCUGCUCGAUUGAUCAACAAGCCUCCGACCAAGCCUCAAUGGAAGCCCGAUACUCUGGCGCAAGUCUCCAAGGAGGAUGUGGACAAGUUCUUCCAGAUUCCUACGCCCGAGGAAACAAUUGAAUUGAUUCCCUCAUAUCCGGGCUCACCAGCCCCCGAGUAUACCGAGUAUCCUCACGCCAUCUUCUCUUUGCCCCGCGAAUCCGACAUUGAAGCGGUGGUCAACAAGGUUGGAAGCAAAGGUGCAGGGGCUAUUCUUGCCGAGGUCCUAAGAAAGUGGAACAACAAGGCUGGUGUCAAGGAAAAGGUCGAAGAUGUGCUGGCGAGAAAUACAAAAGAAGUAAAAGGAGUGAUUCAAUGGGGCCAGCCAGCGCCACGGUUGUAAAAGAUAUCUAGAAUUUGGCCAGUGUCAUAUGAUUAGGCCUGGAUAAAUGACUGUAUAGCAAUCCAUGAGUGUAGAGACAAUUGGCUGUCAGUCAGUGCUCAGUGCAUUUGGGUAUUGUGGAAAUCCCACACUUUUUCUC